AUGUCACUUAAUAUUAAUUAUCAAAAUACUGCAAACAUAGUUAAAGUCCCAUUUCCUCCAACCAUUAGUGUAGAUGAAAUCGUAAAUAUUCAUUUAAAAAUGGUAUUAAAAAUAAAAAGACUAUCAACCAAUCGUUAUCCAACAAUCUUUACUAAUAUACAUAUGACUAUGGAUGAGGGUGAACUUAUGAACUAUCUUUCUGAAGAUACGGCAUUAACUUAUAAGGCAAUUAUUCAAUCGUUACCAUUUUAA